UAGUUAAGAGAUACCUUUGGGGUGGGAAAUUAGACCUAAAAAAGAUUGAUAACUUUAUUAAAAAUUUCAGUUUAGUAGAUAAACACGCCAGUUAAUAUUCAUCUCAAGCCACCGUUGAAACCACGGCAGACGUCGCAAGCCGUCGCCAUUGAAACCGGGCACCUUGCACCAUCAGUUUCUCACUUGGUUCUCUCUAUCAGUUUCCAAGGCGUUUAGAUACCCCACCGCAGUGGCCAACUGACAGUGUGACAGUGUUUGACAGAGAAUCAAAUCCACUUAAUGGCUUAUAGAGGACGUGGACAUGGUCGUGGGUUUAGAGGUCGUGCCUCAACCUAUGCCAAACAAGAAGCUUUUAAACUCUUUCCUGAUAUUGAAUUACCUAAUAGCAAAAAUGUGCCAGUGGAUAAGAACUUAAUCAUUUGGAAUUCAAGGCUGCUGAAUUAUUGGAAGUCUUCUCCUUACUAUCUUGAAGAAAAUGUUGAAAAGAAGAGCCAAAGCAUGGAUAUAGAAAGGUUUUCUGACUUGAUUAAACCAAGGACCUCAACAACUCGUGAUUCAAUUGACCAAAUUCUACAGCUCACAGCAAAUAAUUUUCCUCAAGAGCUGAUUAAAGGUUCAAGGGGACAACGGAGCACAAAAAGAGUGCGAUGGAAUACAGAUGCAGGCCUGCAGAGAUUAGAUCUCUUUGAAAAACUUGAACAGAAAAAUAAGGGUGAAGAAGAGAAAGAUGAAAAGGAAAAGAAAGAUGGCGAGAAAGAAGGCGAAAAUUUGGAUGAAGAUGAUGAUGAAGCAGCUGGAGAUGCUGAGGAAGAAUCCAGUGAUGAUGGAGACUAUAAUCAGAACGUUGAGUUUGAUGACGAUGAAGAUGAUUUUAACAUGGAUGACGGGGACGAUGAUGAAGCAACGUACUAACUGCUAUGUGGUUUUUCACCUGUCCUGAUCUACCAACUAUCUCUUGCUGCAAGUUCUGCAGAUAGAAUGACUGGCUUUAUUUUGUUAAUAAUUACCUUGUAAUUUACUUAAGUGGUUUGUUUGAAAAAGGGAUAAAAAGAGGCAAUCUAUCUAUUUUGGUAGGAGUCAUUUUAA